AUGUUAUUUGACCAGGAGGCUGGUGCAACCAAGGCUUGCUUCGGCGAGGCUCCACCGGCGGGUCACCGUGGCGCAACCGGAAGUCAGUUGUCGCGGGACCUAGAUGAGCUUCAUUCAGGCCAUGUAAUCUGUAAUCCACCACCAACGAUUGCCCGCCCACGUCAAAAUCGCGCUCGCAACAACACCUCCGAACCAUCAAUCCAUCCCUUCCAACCCUCAUUCAACAAUGGUGAGCCAACAUCUCCCAACAAUUCCACCGCGAAGCAUGAAAUAGAACCAGCGCAACUAACCAACCCGCCCAAACCACAGCUCGACAAACUCGUCGGCCUCGCCAUGCUCGUGGCCUCGUCGGUCGUCUUCCUCUACUACACCAUCUGGACCCUGUUGAUGCCCUUCGUCGACUCCGACCACCCCCUCCAGAACUUCUUCCCGCCCCGCGUGUGGGCUAUCCGCAUCCCCGUGAUCCUGGUCCUCCUCGGGUGCGCGGUGGUGGGCUCCUUCCUCAGCGUGGUGAUGAUCCGCAGCAACCGCAAGAAGGCGGCCAAGGCCAAGGCGGCGGCUGCUGCUGCUGGGGCGUCGGGGGCGGCGGGCAAGAAGAAGGCUUGA